AUGACGACUCGAGAGUUGAAUCGUCUACACACCCAUGACUUGGAGUUGGGCACAACUGAAGCCACCCAGAAACACGUUCCUCGCAAUGUCGUCCCUCCCAGGCGCAUCUCGCAGCGCCGACUCGACUUCGAACACAGGCGGCCUCGCUGGCUGCGGGAGUGUAUAGCGGAAGCGACUGGAGUGUUCAUGUAUGUGCUGCCUGGAAUCGGCGCCAUUGCCACCUUUACCUUGAACGCCGCAUCACCUAUCGGCGCCUCAGCCUUUGGAAGUCUCUUCGCAAUCGGUUUUGCGUUUGCCCUUGGCAUUGCCUUUGCCAUCAUUACUUGUGCCCCAACCUCGGGUGGCCACUUCAGUCCAGCUGUUACAAUUUGCCUUUGUAUUUGGCAAGGUUUCCCCCUCAAAAAAGUGCCCUAUUAUAUCUUCAGUCAGCUUGUUGGUGGAUUUUUGGCUGCUCUGGUGCUCAUGGGAAUAUACCACCAGCAAAUCAACGAGAUGAAGGAAUUGCUGCUUGCCGCUGGCAAGCCUCUCGUUGCAAAUGGCGCUCCCGCAAGUAUUCUAUGCUCGUUCCCCAACCCCGAUCAGUCAAUGGGAUACGUCUUCUUCACAGAGUUCAUCUGUGAUUGCUUUGUCGGCUUCAUCAUCUGGGCAGCCAUCGACCCGGCCAAUCCCUUUAUCUCGCCGGCAGUCGCACCUCUCAUGAUUGGCCUGGCAUACGCCGCCAUGGCCUGGGGCUUUGGAGACGUCACUCUCACUAUGAACAUGGCUCGAGACCUGGGGCCCAGAAUCGUUGCUGCAAUCUUUUUCGGCAAAGAAGCUUUCAGUUAUAAGAAUUACUCUCCCAUUGCAAUCCUCGUCAGCAUACCUGCCACAAUGGUGUCCAGCGCUUUCUACGAGUUUGUCUUCCGAGACAGCGUAUCAGUGAUUCAAAGCGGUCACGCUGUUCAUGAAGACGGAGACGAGGCAUUGGUGAGGCACAUCACUAGGACUACUACAGUAGAAGGCAUUGAUGAACGGAGGGGUGACUACAAAUCUUAA